AUGGAGUCAAUUAAGAGUCUACUUGGAGCGACAGAUGAUCAACCAAAGGAGGAGCCAUCAAUGUGGAAGGAGCUAGACGAACAAUGCUCAUUAUCAUUCACUCAACGAUUGAUCGGUGCAGGUAUCAGUCUUGGUUUAGGCAUAUUCUUUUGUUUCUUAGGCUUCAUGUUUCUCUUAUCACCUACAACAUUUGCAUUCCUAUACACUGUUGGCAACUUGUGUAUGCUAGCGUCUACAUUCUUCAUUGUUGGACCGAUGAAGCAGAUGAAGAACAUGGUCCAGCCACAUAGAUUGAUUUGCGCCAUCGUCUUUGUCGCCUCGAUGGUACUUACAUUGGUCGGUGUCUUCUUGGGUUGGUUAUUCAUCAUCAUCAUCUUCCUGGUAAUCUUCCAAAUCUGCGCACUUGUUUAUUAUAUGUUCUCUUAUAUACCAUAUGGAAGACAAUGUCUGCGAGGUAUAUGUGGAUCAGUAGCGUCAUCAGUCUAA